GUCCUGGAGAGUGAUUUUGUGCCUCUCUGUGAUGGUACCACAAGCCUUCACUCCUUUAAUGAGCUUAGGCUUCUGGUAGGAGUGUAGACUCGUAAGAGUGAGUGGAAGUAGGAGGGUGCUGAGCCUGUGGUAGCUCUGUAAGCAAGCAUCAACGCCUUGAAUUUGAUGCGAUCAUUACUGUGAGUACUGAUACAGUACUGUCUUCGGUCAUUCAGUUUAAGGUUUGAAAUGAGUUGAAUCAGACAUGCUGUCAUGUUCUGUAAAGUGUUGUCUUUGGCAGAUCUUCACUAAAGCAGUAAGUGCAUAGUCUUAAUUGUGAUGUGGUGAAAUUACUGACUAAUGAUGUCACUUCCCAUAUCAAGCGCUGAUGGCAUGAAAAAUAAGAUCUGCAGUCCGAUAGCGUGAGCUUUUCCUCACAUUGUGGUUUCAAUUGUAUCAUGAUAGUGUCAUAUAUUCAUAAGAAUGAAGAUGUUUUCUUCACACUUCCUCUUUCACCUUCAAUAUCUCCAGUUAUUGACUGCCUUAUAUAGAUGUGAAAGAAUAGGGAUAUACUUUAUAGAACAGAGAUGGACAGAGUUGGGCUGCAGCCAAAAUAUCUUGCAUCAAAUCAACAGUCACUGCUUAAUGAAGUGUUCUGUAAAUGAGUGUGUUUUAAUUUAUCUCACCCACCUUUUUAAUUUGUGUGUGUGUUUGGUUUGGUUAUUUUUCCUUUUUAGUGCUGAUUUCAAACCACACUGGACAAACGCAAGGUGAUUUAUAUAUUAAUAUUUUCUUCAAAUCCACACACAUAAUGCAGUGGAACAGAAAUCAUUUACAGCAUAGUGUCGAGAGUGUUUAUGUCAUUUAUUGGGUCCUAUAUAGCUGAGAUGUGUAUGAAACUAAUGUAUUGAUUAAUGUUUAAACUACAUCUGAAUGUUUUAUGUUAUGUUAUAGAGAGACCAAAGCCUGUAUGAUAAGAGCCUAAACUGAAUCCGUCACUGUCAGAUGUAAAAAACCAGGAAAUGAAGACGACUGGACAUACAGCUGGUUUAUGAGGGAUGUCUCGGCCCAUCACAUGACAAAGAUUCAGCAUAAAACUGGUGUGUCUCACAGCAGCAGUAACAUCACCUGUAGAGGAGAGAAAAAAAGUGAUGGACAGAAGUCAGAGAUCAGUGACACUGUUUCACUUAAUGUGUCAUGUGAGUCUGGGGCUUUUACUUGCACAGAAGAAAAGGAGAAGGUUGUAAAUAAAGAAAGCAACUUCACUAAAGCAGUAAUUCUUACAGAGACACCUAAACCUGUUCUGACUGUUCAGCCUGAACUAUCACAGAUUCGAGGAGUGACUGUCACUCUCACAUGUGACAUACAGGGGGAGGGAUGGACACACAGAUGGCAGUGUGGAGAUACAGAGUACGCCACCACUGAGAAAGAGAUCAAGAUCACUGCAGAGCGCAAACAGAUAUGCAGGUGUCAGGGCUGCAAAGGAUCAGACUGCUCUGAAUGGAGUGAUACAGUAACUCUGACUGUGUUUGACAAACCCAGAGUAACUGUGAAGUCCCAGAGUUCAGUGUUCACUGGAGACACAGUUACUCUCAGCUGUGAUGUGGGACGCUCAACUGGGCUGAGCUUUAUCUGGUACAAAGACUUCAUCAAAAUAAAAUCUGGUGAUGAAACACACACACUGAGUGAUGUGAGAGUCUCUGAUGCAGGAAAGUAUGGAUGCAGUGUAGGAGGAAAGAACUCCACAACACAAAGUCCAGGAGUCCUGCUAACAGUAAGAGAGAGACCCAAAGCUGUAGUGCGUGUUCAGCCUGAUGGACGAGUGUUCAGAGGACAGACAAUCACUCUCACAUGUGACAUUCAGGAGACAGACGUCACUAGCUGGAACUACACCUGGAGUGAUGAUUCAGUGAUUCAUAAGAGUCAAUCACAGGAAUACAGAAUCAGUUCUGUUAAUGAAUCUCACACAGGUAAUUACAGCUGUAGAGGAAGAGAACACACCAGUGAUGAAGUUACACUGAUGCUAUCAGGAUCUUCAGGACCAUCAGGAUCUCGUGCUCUGAUAAUUGGAGUGACUGCAGGACUGAGUGUCUUAUUUCUUCUCAUUUUCUUACUGGUCAUGCUGUGGCGCUGCAAACACAACAAAGGUGGAGGAUCUCUGUCUCCCUCUACUGACCAUCAGCAGCACAACAUCAGACAUACAGAGGAACAGAAGUGUGAACAAACACCACCACAGGCCGACAUAGUAAUUGGACCUUCUGAUGUGACCUAUGUUGAGAUUGACCUGAAAUCAGUAAAGGAAAUGAAGAAAAAGAAAGAACACAAAGGAAAGACCAGUGAGAGUUCUGACACUGUUUACUCCAAACUGAAGAUGUAAACAGGUUAAGGUGCUGUUGCUGGAUCUAGUGACAUGACGAAUGCUCAAGAUAAAAUUAGACAAAACUUUCAACAGUAAAAAUUGUUGGAGAUAUUGCCAUAAUUAUUAAUGAUUUAUUAUAAAUUACCGCUGUUAAUCAUAACCAGCAAAUAUGCAUAAUCUAUGAUAUUUUAUAACACGUUUUGUGUCAUCGCUAAGUUGAGGUCAGCACAACACCACAUGAUGAUUUUGAUUUUUUUUUUUUUUUUUCAAAAAAAUGUCAAAUUUGUAAAAAAAAAAAAACUCUCUUUAUUGUAUAAUGUAGUUGAAAUUUUGACACUUGCAUAGUCAAUCAAGGCCAGUUUUUCCUUGUUAGUGGCCAGUAAAGUUAAGGUCUACGUCUAGAGAAAUAACUGUCUGUAAUGGCUUCUAACCGCUAAUACACUGCUUACUAUAGUAUAUUUACAGAAUUAUGAAUAUUAUAAGAAAAAAAAAAUAGCAUUCUGGAGUUAAAUCCUGUAUAAUGUUCAUGUAGCCUAUCUAUCUAUCUAUCCUCUCAUUGUCCACUAGAUGUCACCAUAUAGAGAUGAUUUGCUUGUUUUUAUGUCAUUGCACUUUGUGUUUUAGUGUCUUCUUUUUGGUGUUUACUGUGUGUUUCUCUUUCAUUCAUACCUGCACUGCUUGUAUUUUAAUCACGUCAAUAAAAUAGUUUUAAGUGUU